AUGCAGUAUGAUCACAGUGGAAGAGCAGCAGGUACAGUUAAUCACAGAUCGCUUUUCGGGCUGCUGUUGGUCACUGCUGACAAGAAAUAUCACAACGCCUUGCAGAUUAUCAAUGAGCUCCAGGCUAAUUGGGUCUGGGUUCCUGGCUGGGUGGACUCCUCGACACUUAACACAGCUGGGAGGAUAGUCAAGUUCACGCGCAACUUCAGUCUCUCACAAAACCCGAAUCGUGCCAAUUUCCAUCUUUCGGCAGACACCCGGUACAAACUCUACGUAAAUGGGACGCGUGUGGCUGUAGGACCGUCGAGAAGUAGUCCGGCGAUUUGGUACUAUGACACGGUAGACAUUUCACCAUAUCUACAUGCGGGAAAGAAUGUCAUUUUGAUUGUGGUUGUCCGAUACUUUGCUAGCUCGCGGGGAGCAAUGCCUUUUGAGCGAACGCCCUUGCCAGGAUUGACAACAUUUGGGCAUGUUGAGGCGGGGGGAAAUACUGUUAAUCUUAGCUCCGCAAAAGACUGGGAGGCACAGACUGAUAACAAUAUUCUGUUUCCCAUGGGACAGAUCGAUGAUGUUUUCCUCCACAUUAAUGAGCGGAUUGGUUCUACCUCUGACAAUAGCCCAAGUGUCGUACCCGUUCCGUAUGGAGUCAAGACACUUAAUGGGGAGCUUGCACCAUGGCGUCUCCGACCACGAGCCAUACCUAUGCCAGAGAAGUCUUCUGUCAGAGUCCAAGUGGCCCGAGUUGUUGAAAGCAGUGUGCCGGCCGACGAAUGGACAGCUUUUCUUUCAGAAAAACGCCCGCUAGUGCUUUCCUCUGGCUCUGCGCAUACUGUUGAGUUGAACGCCGAGGUUCAUUCAACUGCUUUUGUAGGAUGGACCUUCAGGGCAAGUAACAGAGCCUCGGUAAGACUCAAGAUUACAUACUCCGAGGGAUAUGAACUUGAGCCUCGCUCGUACCCAUUUUUUCGCACCAAAGCCAAUCGACUCGACGCACAAAAUGGCCACCUGCUCGGUCCGUACGAUGAGGUAGAGAUACAGAUACCGGCGGGCCAAAUAGUUACAUAUGAGCCGUUUUGGUUUCGCACGUUUCGUAUCAUGCGACUCGAAAUAAGUGUGUCUACGUCUGAUGCAGUCGAAAUAGUCUCUUUCGAAGCUACCCAGGUGAAUUAUCCACUGUCAGUAAAGGCUAGCUGGAAGGAACCUGAAGAUACACAUAGCGAGAGAAUAUGGGAUGUUUCAAUUCGAACCAUGCGGAACUGCAUGUUCGAUGGCUAUUCUGACUGUCCGUUUUAUGAGCAGCUCCAAUAUUCCGGAGACACUCGAUCCGUGGCCUUGUUCCACUACCUUCUUUCUGGAGAUGACAGACUAAUGCGACAAGCCAUUACUAAUUUCGCAGCUUCAGUAACUCCCGAAGGAUUAACGCAGUCUCGGUUUCCAUCACACGUGCCUCAAGUCAUUGCCGGUUUCUCGCUCUACUGGGUGCUUCACGUGUGCGACCAUCAUUUGUUCUUUGGCGACAGGGACUUUGCGCGAUCCUUUGUGCCUCGAAUUGACGGAGUGCUUGAAUUUUUUGAUACGCAUGUUGACAGCCGGGGACUUGUGAGUGGCAUUUCAGAAGACAUUUGGCAAUACGUCGACUGGGUAACCACAUGGGGCGCUACGGAAGACCACCUAGAUAAAGGAGUGCCAACAUCGGGACGCAAAUCGAAUUGCCAUACCUACUUUAGCAUGCUGUAUGCAUAUGUGCUCAAACAGGCCGCUGAACUCCUUCGCCAUGUCGGUCGACCGGGAAAUGCAACCGAGUAUCUUUCACGGUCCGCAUCGCUCGUUCAGGCCGUUAGAACACAUUGUUAUGAUGGAAACUUCUUCACCGAUUCAACCGCAGAUAUCGCCGAUGAUUUAGCAUAUUCCCAACAUUGUCAAGUAUUUGCCGUUCUUUCAGGAGCUGCACUACCGGGAGACUAUGAAAGACUGCUAACAGAGUCAUUUAACGACGCUCGUUUCUCCAAAUGCUCAUAUAUGAUGCGCUUCUAUGCGCUCAGAGCCUUCUCUUUGGCAGGAGAUGUUGCAUAUGAAAGCUUCUGGGCCACUGUAUGGGAUCCCUGGAGACAUAUGCUAGAGAAUAAGCUAUCGACGUGGGAAGAAGAUGACGUGCGACAACGUUCAGACUGCCAUGCAUGGGGCAGUGUACCCAUAUAUGAAUAUUGUACUGAGCUUGCAGGCAUCCGUCCGACUGCACCAGGAUCAGCACAAUUGCAUUUCAAGCCUCGCCUUGGAUUGAGUCAGUCACUGUCGGCUAAAGUAGCCAUAGGCAAGAACAAUCUUGCGACAAUAUCUUGGACUACCGGGGAUAAUGGUGAAAAAUACGUAAACCUACGCCUUGAAAAUCCCGUCGAGGUGGUAAGCCAGAUGCCGGGAGACACUGAAAGAAGGCAUGGUGUCAUCGACAAUCUUUCGCUGGUCUGCAGCCUCGUGUGA